AUGGAGACCGCAGACCCCGUGUCCUACGAGUUCUCCGGCCAUGCCGCUUAUGCACACAGGCGCCUGGACUCGACACUCAACCAGAGCUUCCCCUUCUAUCCGGCGCCGUACUCAGUGCCCUACCAGGCCUCGAGUCAUCCGUACAGCUAUGCCCAUUCUGUAAGCCCCGGGCACGCGCACUCGAACCCAUAUCAAUACUUCGUCCCCAACCAGCACAUCCAGCCGCAUCCACUACGACUCACCACGGAGCAGUCGACGCAGGCACUGCCAGAGAUUCGCCCAGCAAAGAAUGCCAUCAGUCGGCCAGCAAAAACUCCUGACCCGGGGCCUGUACAGCCGAGUGGCAGUCGCACCUCACCGGACGGACCUGAGAAGAAAGGGACAACCGCUGAUAUUGUCUUCUCUACCAACGUGGACGUUCUGAUGAAGGCCAUCCAGGCUAAACAUGCCGCAUCGCCAACCCCACAGAAAUCGCUACCAGAGCAACCCCUUUCAGCACAGCAUCCUUUACCAUCACAGCAUCCCCUCACACCACAGCAUGCUCUACCACCACAUCAUUCUAUGACACCACAGUCUCUUCCAUCACAGCAUGCCUUGACGCCGCAGCAGCCUCUACCACCUCUACAACAACACCUGGCUCCGGCAGCAGUAGCACACUACGCAGUUCCCUAUCCGUCCACACCCCCGCGGUACUUUGCCGCCACCGAUGGCUCAGUAUCUCGCUCAUGCAAGAAGCGCAAAUACGUAUGCGAGCGAGAUGAUUGUGGCAAGACUUUUGCCCAGAAGACACACCUGGACAUUCACAAACGGGCGCAUUCCGGUGAAAAGCCAUUCGUGUGCGAUGUACCCUCAUGCGGGCAACGUUUCUCGCAGCAAGGCAACCUCAAGACUCAUAAACGACGACACACAGGCGAGAAGCCGUUCGAGUGCGAGCGCUGCCAUAAGAAAUUUGCCCAGCGUGGGAAUGUCCGCGCCCACAUGUUGACGCAUGACGAGGGGCGGAAAUUCAGUUGCCUCCUGGAUGAAUGUGGAAAGACAUUUACCCAAUUAGGCAACCUGAAGUCUCACCAAAACAAGUUCCACGCCUCCACACUCCGCAACCUCACACAGCGAUUCUCGCAAAUCGGUGAAGACGGACCGGCCAGUUCGACAGACCGUGCUUUGUGGGAGUACUUUGCGGAUCUAUACAAGAACAGUAAUAAAGGCAUUAAAGGACGAGGGAAAGACCGUCGUAUCUCGACUAACAGGCCACGGGACUCCAUGGAGCGUGUGUCUGUCGAGUCCGAGGAGAGUACGAAGAUGCGAAGGGCAAGUUACGACUUCUCUGUUUCGGUCUACAACUCCAGUGACGGCGAAGAGAGUUAUUACGCUCGACCACAACAUGGUCAUUGA